AUGCUGGUUGCUGCAUCUCGCCGCUUUUACCACCUGCUCCAGCCGGCCCAGACGACGCAGAGCCUGCACCCAUGCUCCCCUCACCUCUGUCGCCGUACCACUCACUGUAGCUGCACCGAGCGUGCAUCUCCCUUUGCCAUCUUUCUUUCUUUCUUUUUUUUUUCCAUGUCCUUCUUUUCUCUUCUCCUUUUCCCCUAUUGUUGUCAUCGCCCAUCCACCUCCGUCUCCUACCGAGCAUGUCACAUCAUCUCGUCGUCUCGGCUGUCACGGAGCAGCUCCCUCUCUCCCAGUGCCACCCGUUGCCUCCAUCUUGCAUCCAUCUUGCCGUGCACAGCCACCUGCCCUACACACAUCUUUCGCCAUCCGUCGUCCCAAAGCGGUGCAGAUUGCCAUCAUCUUCUGGUAGACGUCGCAGUGCAUCCCAUCUCUCCUCGUGCCACGCGGGCCUGGAUGUUGUCCGCUUGGCGGCGCCCUCUCCGGCUCUAAAGCCUAGGCCCUGCUGUAAUCGCGCCUCUCCAACGCCCACUAAUCGCACCGUCCGUGAGCGCGCGUGGUGGUGCUCGUAAUCAACCGCGUCCACCAUCUCUCCUGCCCGUAGCCGCUGCAUCGUGUCUUGACAUCUGCCAGUCUCGUCUCCCGCCUUCUGGCCUGUUCGGUCCAGUCUUUGCACCCCUCCCCCAUGCUCUUCCCCCCUCUGACUCGUCGCCAUAGCCUUUCAACUGCCAUCGAUGAUCCAAAAGGAAAUCGGAAUCAAACCACAGAUUCUCAUAGGGCCCAUCUCCCUCCAAUUACGCUUCGGCGCCGUCCACCCCUGCGUAACCUAUCCAGGUCAGCCCGCUAUGCUCCACAGCCAAUCCCACGCCUUCCUUCGCCAGCCAUCAAAUCAUCCAGAUCGCUUGCCAAAUAACUCCACUGUGUGCUAAUAAACCAAUCUUUCCCCCCCUCAUCGUCCAGCCGAGAUUAAAAGGACUUUCGAAACACUCGCCGUGUAGCCGCCGCCACCGUGUACUCUCCUCGGCCAUCGUUGUGUGAAUUGCGUUGCCUGACUAUGCUCGCCGUAUAUUGUGCAUCUCGUCAUUGUAUCUUCAAAUUCCUAUCCUUCGUUGCACACGCCCAUACGUAACCACUCCGGCAUUCUCCGCCCUACCCCUCCACCGCUCUCCGAGUCGCUGCCGAUCACAGAGUUUGGUCAUAGGUGCAGCGAUAAACAUUACGUCGAUUGGUCCAAGUCGCAUACGUUUGCGCAUCAUCACGCCAUGGAGAUGGAUCGCUGGACAUUCAUCCCAAAGCGGGUGCAUGGUGUGUGGCGCAGCACUCAUUCGCCACAGUUGCGUGGCGCAUAACGAUCGUCGUCCCAAAAGACCAACUCCAUGGGGAUGGUCCAAGCCCUAUCAAACCCGUUCUUGCUACACCGUGAUUCGUUCGUCGCUACAAGUAACGCGUAACAUUUCGGUGCCGGGGACCUUGGCUCCAGGUCAGUUGAACGUAAUUUUCCAAUCAUCGUCUCUCCGUAUUUGCCUCCUCUUCCAUUCAAUAGCGCCCAAUUCUUAGAUGCAUCGGCCAAGGAGGGGUCGUGGAACCUCUGGUGUUACCGUCACCGGAUUGGCUCCAGUCAGACACUCUGUCGUCUUCGUUAGCAGUCAUAUCGAAACACGAAUGGAACUAUAGUCUCCAAAACCUUCCCUCUCUUCAUGCUGACAGAGUCACCAUGCAUCUGUGAAAUUGCAAUGACCAAAUGUGUGACUGAUCCUGUAUUGCCUGUUGAUUCAAUCGGCGGGCUCGCCCAUCCGCUAUCUUAAUCUCUGAUUCGCUAUUCCACCUGCCGAUGAGAAUCGCCUGUCCUUCAAAUCCAAAGCCGUAGUCAUAUAAACCACUCGCCACCGUUUGAUUGAUGGGAUCCU